AUGUCUUUGAAAAAUACUUUGAAUCAAAUUAUUCCGCACAUCCGAUUCUUCGAAAUUCCUUCAAAAGAUUUUUAUCUUAAGGUUUGGCCUUUUAAGAAAGUGUUGUCUCAAGCUUUCGUUGAAGAUAUUUUGUCAUUUCAUAUGACAAGUGCUCUACCUAAUCAAAUAACGUUAAUCCCUCGUCAUGGAAGAAUUACCGUUGAUUCAACGAUAAUUAAUUCGAAACAUACGGCCAUCCUUAAUAACUGGAUUCAAAGGGAGGAUGCUAACGCAAAAAUCUCAAAUGAUAGUAAAUAUGAUUUUACACUUAUUUAUCGUGGAAGUAGGGAUGGUUUUGAUAGCAAUCCUGUGAUUUGUUCAUGUAAAGGGGGGAAUAAAGCAACUCUUUUGAUUAUUAAAAUCAGUGAUGAUGAUGAAACUAUACUUGGUGGUUAUAAUCCUAUUGGUUGGAAAUAUAAUAAUAAUUUUUAUGACCAAUGGGCGUCUACUAGUGAAAGUUUUAUUUUCUCUUUUAAAAAAGAUUUGACAAAUGCCAAGAUUAGUCGAGUAUUAAAUGGCUCUAAGGCAAUAUAUGAAUCGAGCGCAUUUAAAUUUAAUUUCGGCAAUAGCGACUUGGUCGUUAAUCAUAAAAAUAAGGGUGGUACGUGUAAGAAAAGACAUUAUGAAAGUAGCAUCUUAGAUUCGGAGAAUUUUAUGUUUGAAGAAAUGGAGCAUGCCAAGAUACGUUCUUUUGAUAUCAGUAAUAAGGAUCAACCAGCUGUGUUCAAGAAUCAAGACAAUGACUUUAAACGUUUAGAGAAAAGUCCUUUUGGAAAUCAGCAAUUUCAGCAAGUGACCUUUUUGAUAAAUCAGAAAAAUCUAGCAGAUGAAAUUCUAAAAUUUGAAUUUAAUGAUUCGUCUCUUCAAGGUUGUGGUCAAACAUAG